UGUCUGUUCCAGACGGUGUGGUCCCUUAGGCACUCCGCGACGUCCAUCACGGGACGCACGGGCUCAGAUUCCCCGAUCGCCCGCCGCCGUACGAUCCCCCGAGAAGAUGACGGCAGCGACUCCGACUCCGACUCCGACGCCGAGAAGAGCCUCAACCAGAGGUAGCGCGAGGCUCGGCCGCGACGUCCCCUGGGCCAUGGAGCUUGCUUCCUUUUCCCAUUCCCAAAUCAAGGGCAUCCUCAGAUACUUCUGGGCAAAAAAAGAUGUGUCUUGGAGGCGGCGUGAUUUUGAGUUUUCACGGACUUCGUGGAUAUAAUGAUGUCCAAUAAUGCAGCACUGUAGAUUCAUUAUCCUUUCCUUUAAAAGGGGAAUUGCAGAGUGGCUUCUCUGGAGUCAAGCGGCCUUGGGCGCUCAGAUGCUAGCGAAGGCGAUGCUUCUGCAAUGCGUGGCUGGUUCUCGGAAGUUGCUGCGAGAAGUUGAACCCGAGUUAAUGGAUGCUUUAAUUGAGGCUACAAAAGAUGGUAACCACAGUAGGCUGCGAGCUUUAUCUGUAUCCAAGGUGUGGUUUGGCAAAGAUGACGAUGAAGAAGAAGAAGAUUUCGAGCAAGAACAAGAGGAGGAGGAGUAUCGUGAGCAUUCAAGCAUAGCAAGCAGGUGGUUUGACGGUUUAAUCAGUAAAGACAUUCAAAUGGCUACUGAAGUUUUCUCCAUUCACGCCAUUGAUUUUGACCGGCAAUCCAUUUAUAGCAUCUUGAACAACUCCAUGUCGGCCAUAUAAAAAAUAUCGAUGGGUGUUUGUUCGUUCGUAAUCGACCAACAAGUGACACUAGCAUCCGAAUGAGUUUAUUGGUGGUUGGGAUAGGGAUUCAACUUAUAUAGCCCUUCUAAUAAGCCAAGUUCUCUCCACACGUCUGCUCUCAAAGGUCUGUUGGAAGGCUGGUACCAAAUAUAUAUUUUCGUCCUAGUGCUUUCGCCGAAAGCUAUACCAAAUGGGAUUGGAUUCCCAUGUAAAAGCGUUCCAGCUUUGUCCAAAGUAAACGAAGUUUAGAAAAGCGAAAAAUAAAGUAGCAGGAAGUGACCUUCCAAAGACUAUAUUGAAUAUCACGUUUUCUUUGUCAUAUGAGUAUUUUUGCCCUCGCUAAAAUUAGACAAAGAAACUUCAAUAGAUAACUUGCCAUGAAAUUGUCUUAAUUAGACUUGACCAUAUUUCAGGGCACUUUUCUUUUUUCUUUUCAUUGACGCUAGAGUCACGUUCAUGGCUGAGCCGAAAAGAAAUGAAAUGAUAUCAUCAUUUAAUAUCGGUUCCAUGGGUAAUGUCUUUUGUCCGUAAUCGGAAGGAAAAUGCUUAUCGAUUUGAAUCACCCAAAUAAAUAAAAAAAAAUACUCUCUUUCGGCUAGAAUAGAUCUUAAUCAAACUUCUCAUUUUGAUUGAAAAUACGGUACAAAAAUGUAGAAAAUCGACACAAUCUCUUAUUAGUAUUUGAGUUUUGAUUACUUAUGAUUCUGACGAUUUUCAUACAAAUUCCCCACUUUCUUUUUCUUUUUUGCUUUUGAUAAGGUUCAUGUUCAUAUUGAUACAUGUCUUUAACCACGAUAAGUGAAUUUCUUCGAUCUCAUUGCUAAUAAGGACAUGCGGAUGAGGCCAAAAUUUUGAGGGUCAUGAUAAAUGGAAUUCCCGUACGUCUCUUCGUAAUGCUUUUGACUAUACAUUUCAAUGUGAAAUGUAUAGUCAUUAAGAAUUAUUUCACAUUAAUGCAUACGAAAGUAGUUCUACAAUCUACGAAGAGAUGCACCAAAAGAGAUGGCAUCACUCCUGGGAAAUUACCAAAUAAGUUUAAAAUCUAUUACACUUGAGCCAAUUCAAUUUUAAACAUUUGAUAAUUUGCUAAUUAUGUCAUUUCAGCCAAAUUUGAUA